AUUGACAUGAAUCGCUUAAAUAAAUUCAACUGCAAUAACGGCACAGUUUGCAAUAACAUUCGUGGCGUCUUCAAUUGUUCGAAUGGUCAUUGCAAAAAUAUGUCAGAAUUCUUUUUGUGUCAUCACAAGCCCGAUGGUCCAACAAUCAACUCAGCCAAGGACAAUACAAAACUGAAUGGAUUUUUCGAAUGCCGUGGAGUGCAUUGUACGAAAAUUAAGAAACCUUUCACCUGCGAUCGUUAUUGCACCAAAAUUACCACCACAUCGAUAAAUGUAUUGCUGAUGCUUGAAGACAGCGUUAUCACAGCCGACUGUGACUCUGGCGUUGCCUUCAAUGAGGCUCGUGGCAGCGAACAUGGCGUAAAAACGGAACCCACCGAAUUUUGGAAGGAUGAAGAUGGUCAACUGCUGACCAAUUGUGCUACUGUGAGGCGAGAGGGUGACAAAAUCUUCGCUACAGAUUGCCUGAAUGGCACCAUUUUAGAACCAGGCACACUGCCACAACCAUUCAUGAACUUCACACAGUUCUGGAGCAUAUAUGCGAAUAGCACACAUCCUGUCGAUCCCGAACAACGUUUGCUACCCAAUCAAGCGAAUCUAACAAUUUACACAUGGAAGAAGUUAUAUAUCAAUUUGGAAGGUUGUGUGAAUACGCUGCGCGGCGAAUGUAAAGAUUUCGUGGCACGCUAUGGCAACGAUGGCGAUAACAAUACGGCACAGUCACGCUAUCAGUGUUACUACAACAAGGAUCCAGCUGUGGAGUUUGUCGUUGCACGCUAUGACUUGGAUAAGGUCUAUCGUGAGCUGUUGGUAUCGUUAAUCGUGCCAAUUGUUUUGUUUGUCAUUUCAUCGAUUUCACUUUGCAUAAUUACGAAGUCGGUCAAGGUCGGCGACGAUGCGAAAAUGCGUUGCGUAUGCUCGGGCGAAGACUCCGAUGUGGAGGAUAACUAUCGUGGUAAGCAACGCAAGCAGAAUGCCCAAGUAUACGAAGCAGACGAUGAUAUGGAUAUAAGGCGCAGAAAUAUUGAGGAAGGACCAACCGUUGAUACACAUGAAAUGAUUGGCAGCACGAAAUCGCUAAUACCGCUGAGUCCAGCCACCGAUUCGGGCACAACUGAACGCACUUACGACGAUGAAAAAGCUUCGCGUUGUGAUGCGCCCGAGAAGCCACUCGUUGAGCUUUAAAUAAAUUGCAUAUAUAAACAACUUGUUUACAAGCAUAUGCACAUACAAAGUAUGCAUUCGCAGUACAUCUUAUAUGUAUAUACAAAAACAACAAACAACAGUCAACAUUUGUAUUUAACAUCGCCUAACAUUUACUAUUUAACAAUCAUUUGAUUAUACGAAGACACCAUAAAAUGCAAUAACUGCCUUAAACGAAACAACAACAAAAAACACAAAAAACAACAAGAACAAGAGAAAACAAAUUUACGAAGAAAACCAAAUCAAAAAAUAUAAGCACUGUGCUUCAAGAUGUAUUUACAUACAAAAGUUUGCCUUUAGGGCAAUUACUAUUUAAACAAUCAAAGGGAAUUUUAAUUCUAUAGAAAAAUUAUUGUAUUUCUCGACUGCAUAACUAUUUAACAACUUGAUCAUUAAUGCAGUUAUUUAAGAGCUGCUGAUUCCAACAACAGGCAAACUAUUCAGCUGUUUUAGCUCGAAUCAGCUGAAAUGUUU